AUGAGCAGUGACAAACUGAAAGAAUUGGAGAAUGAAUGGAAGAAAUCCAAAGUUAUCGGGAUCAUUGGUCUUGGAGAUAUGGGUUUCCUUUACGCACGAAGAUUUAGUGCAGCUGGUUGGCGUGUUAUAGGCUGUGACCGAGAGGAUGUUUAUGACGAGUUGAGUGACAAGUACAAGGAUGAAAAGUUUCAAGUAAGACGUAAUGGUCAUUUGGUUUCGCGGGAGUCGGACUAUAUUAUUUAUAGUGUUGAAGCAGAAAAUAUCAAAAAAAUUGUCUCCUUAUAUGGACCCUCAACUAAAUAUGGAGCUAUAGUAGGAGGUCAGACAUCUUGUAAGGCACCGGAGAUUGAAGCUUUUGAAAAAUUCUUACCUAGUGACACCCAGAUAAUUUCCCUACACUCGUUGCAUGGCCCAAAAGUGAACACUACGGGGCAGCCUUUGGUAAUAAUUGCUCACAAAGCAGAAUCGGAAUCAGUUCAGUUUGUGCGCCUGCUUGUGUCUUGUCUUAAUUCCAAAAUUGUUGAACUAACUGCAAAAGAACACGAUAGAAUCACGGCGGAUACGCAGGCAGUGACCCAUGCGGCAUUCUUGUCGAUGGGGGUAGCAUGGAGAACUUCGAACCAAUAUCCAUGGCAAGUACCUAAAUGGGUUGGUGGUAUUGAAAAUGCCAAGAUCAACAUUUCAAUGCGAAUAUAUUCCAACAAGUGGCAUGUUUAUGCUGGAUUGGCGAUAACAAACCCAUCGGCACAUGACCAAGUGUUGCAAUACUCCAAAUCCACUACCGAGCUUUUUACACUCAUGAUUCAAGGUAAAAAAGAGGAAUUGAACCAACGAUUACAAAAAGUGAAAGAUUUUUUGUUCCAUCAUAUCAGCGACCACAAUUUACUUCUUGACGAUAACAUUUUGGAGAAGUUUUCAUUGAGCAAAACCCCUCCCGAGGGUAAACAACCAAAUUCGCACUUAUCGCUUUUAGCAAUUGCCGAUAGUUGGUAUAAUUUAGGAAUCCUGCCAUAUGAUCACAUUAUUUGUUCAACUCCGCUUUUCAGGAUUUUCUUGGGUGUCACGGAGUAUAUCUUUUGUACACCAAGGUUGCUCGAGGAGAGUAUAGAUGUUGCUGCCAAUGACCCAACAUUUCGACAAGAUGAUUUACACUUUACGAUUGCUGCUGAGUCGUGGGCCAAGAUCAUCAAAUUUGGCAAUUUCGACCUUUACCGAGAAGAAUUUAACAAAACGCAAGCAUUUUUUCAGCCGAUGUUCCAAGAAGCAAAUUCUAUUGGUAAUGAGAUGAUUAGAACAAUAUUAGAUAGAGUUAAAGAAAGGGAGAAAGAGAGAGGAGAGUGA